CGUUGACAUAUCAGCCCGAAGUUAAAUAUCACAGCCCUGUGGACUGUGAAGUAUUCAGGUAGGCUGUGUCUUUAAGUUGGUGAUUUCAAGUUAAAUAUUAAAGCAAAGACGCUUGAACAAGUCUCAUUAUCAUCGUGUUUCCUGUGUUCCCAAAAAGCUGUUGCUAUCACUAACUUGAAAACCCAACUUCCUCUCACUCACCUCACAUUUUUCUUAAAUCACUGCCUCAAAACGCCAUCUGCAAUGUCCCAACCACUUGUUUUCAUCCUCGAAGGCUUAUCCAAAGGUUCCAACGCCACAGUAUCUUCCCAGAAUCUCCAAGGCGUCAAGACCCCAUUCUAUGCCAUCCAACCGUCCCCAAACAAAAAGUCCAACCUCGCCAUCACCCGUGCGUCUCCAGACGCUUCUCAAGUUGGAACUAUACAAUUCCACACACUAUCCUCGAAAAUAGAACUCGUCCUUCAAUACGAAACAGUCUCCAUGCGCCACGAUGAACUUACAGGGAGCCGACAUGAAUUCACUAGCCCUACCGUUAGGGGUGAUAAGCUCUCAUGGAAGGAAGAUAGCCUCUUUGGCCACGGAUUUAAACUCGUGAGCCCAGAUGGACAACUACUGGCACGUUUUCGACGCACAGAUAAAUCAGCUGGGACGGGUUGCUUUGAGGUUUUUAUCACGGCUGAGGGGGGAUUGCUGGAUCUUAUCCUUUUGAGCGGAAUCGCGGCAGCUGAGUAUCGGAGGAGAUCAAAUAUCGAACUUGCUUCUGUUGGGGACAUUUUGGGACAGCUAUUGUAGCUUUGUUUGGGAAUUAUUGGCCGGCGAAACUCGUCGGGAGAUUGAAUAACUGGGAACUGCGAGAGGUCGUACGGGAACUGUAAAGAGAUUCGUCACUCGAAAUGAUUUUAAUCUUUACAUUAGACACUUAUUUGGCUCAUUGCUCCAUUUAGGAACUUUAUCUUCAUCCUUGCAUCUUCGACCUUGUAUCUCGAAAGCGAGCGCUGCAUUUUGCCGGAUUUGGAAGCGGUAGUGGCUGUUCCGC